CAAGCUUUGCCUGAGGAUUGCCAGGUCCCCAUUUCGAAGAUGGCGACCAGGUUAUGAACCUCUUGACUUUGCAGACAUAUCCUCUGAAGUGUUGAUCGGCGGUUGCAAGGAAUGCGAGAACGACCUCUUACCCAUGUUAGGGUUCCGCGCUUCCUUUGAGCCCUUGCCUUAGUUGGUGACUAGAAACCGAUGAGAUCCCAGACUGAUUUGGCACUUGUAAUACGCCACGCAUGUGUACUCAUACUUCUUCUAUCAUGAUAUGCUUCGAUGCACAUGAAAGGAACUCACUUUUGAAGAGGACAGAUUGAUCGUAGUGAUGUGCACAGAGGACUAGACAGCUCCUCCACAGUGACUCCGUAGCACGACCCUCACAUACUCAUCAUCACGUCAUAUACAAGCUGGUGCAUACGAGGUGUUACGGAUCGAGACGAAUGAUUGAGGAAGGUCACCAUCUGCGUGACGCCGAGCGAGAGGGUUUGGGGACGCGUCGGAGUUGACUAACGAUACCGGGCGAAUCAGUUACUGUGGGACGAAGUGCUGUUGACAACGGCAUCUAACAGACAUUGGACCCAUUUCUGCCGCUUCGACUGAUAUGUUAGGUAGUUCGACUGAGAUGGCACCUCGUCCUGCUCUGGUGAUGAUGAUCACCAUGGCCGUUGUGUUCACUGCUCAAGCCACUGAUCUCGAGCUCACCACUGACUUCUUCGUCUCUGUGGGCACUAAUAAAGCUAAUCUCACAGGGGACUACUUCACCUCCAUGGAUUUCCGCUGCGAGCCACAAAUACCCGAAGGCGCUAGGGUGGCAGUGAAGAAGAUCACGUCCGACACCUUCCCAGUGCUCACCGGGCUCGGCUUGUCAUCCGCCCAGAUCAAAUACUUGCCCGGCGGCAUCAACCCUCCCCACACCCACCCCAGGGGUACCGAGCUGCUGUUAGUGCAGAAGGGCACUCUCACCGUGGGUCUGGUGGACACCACUAACAAGUUCUACACCCAGGUGCUUCGCAAAGGCGAUGUGUUCGUGUUUCCCAAAGGUUUGGUGCAUUACCAGAUCAACUUGGGCCACAAGCCAGUGAUUGCGUAUGUUGCCUUCAGCAGCUCCAACCCUGGCACCGUGUCACUGCCUGCAACCUUGUUCGGGUCUGGUAUUCCAGAUAACGUGCACAUGACUGCAUUCAAGGUUGACGGCGGUGUUGUGGACAGUCUGCAGAGGCCAUUCGGAAAGUAGGUUGCCAGAGUUUAUCAGUAAUUACAAAUAGUAUUGCCAUGUGGUUUCAUCCCAGUUAAUCUGCUGCUGCUGCUGCUUGCAUCCAUGAUAGAGGGGUUUGGGUUGUGCCGAAGAGUCCUGGAUGACUGAUUGUCCUUGAGCAAAGCGACUAAUAGCGAUGGUGUCUCCUUCGGCGUCUACACGUUUCAUCGUUCCCUGUUGUAGGCAAUAUCAGCCCCCUUCUGAUUCUCUUGGUGUUUGUGCAAUGCAGUGUCCAUGAAGCUUAGUUUUCUUUCACUUUCAUUCAUAAACAUUUGUACCUUAUCGUAUGCUAUCUAAUAAUGCAAAUUGGCCUAAAUCUGUUUUUCAUCUGUU